AUGUCGGCAUAUCAGGGCUACGGUGGCGCCAACGCCUACGGUCCCCCGCAAUCACCUCAGUAUCCAGCCAACUACUUUAGGCCGCAAUACGCCGUUUACCCUCCUCAGGGCCAACUAUCUCCCCAGCCUCAGCCGGGCUACGGCUAUCAACAGCACCCUCCCCAACCACAGUAUGCAUAUCAGCAUCAUGGCCCUCCGCCUCCUCAGCAGCAGUAUGCCGGCCACUACAGUCCGGCACCACCACCGCAACCACAGCCUGGCUACGCUUCCAGACCCGGACAAAGCCCUGGCAUAAUUCCGCCGCAGCAUGGUGCCUACAGCUCUCGGAUGGGUGGGCCUCCAGCUCCUCCCUCGGGCUUGCAGCAUUUUGGCGCGGGCGCGCCUCAGGGCUAUGCGUUUCAGUAUUCUAAUUGUACCGGCCGCAGGAAGGCCCUGCUGAUUGGCAUCAAUUAUUUUGGUCAGCGUGGCCAGCUGCGAGGUUGCAUCAACGACGUCCGCAACAUGACGGCCUAUUUGGCCGAACACUUUGGGUAUAGACGAGAAGACAUGGUCAUUUUGACCGACGACCAACAGAAUCCCAUGAGCCAACCCACAAAACAAAACAUCCUCCGCGCAAUGCACUGGUUGGUCAAGGAUGCUCGCCCAAACGAUGCGCUCUUCUUCCACUAUUCUGGCCACGGCGGCCAGACAAAGGACUUGGACGGAGACGAGGCGGACGGUUAUGACGAAGUUAUUUACCCUGUUGAUUUUCGACAGACUGGUCACAUCACAGACGACGAAAUGCACCGAAUCAUGGUUCGACCCCUGCAAGCCGGCGUGAGACUAACGGCAAUUUUCGAUUCGUGUCAUUCUGGAACCGCUCUUGACCUGCCGUACAUCUACUCAACCCAGGGCAUUCUCAAGGAACCUAAUCUCGCCAAGGAAGCUGGCCAGGGUCUACUCGGCGUUAUAUCUUCAUACAGCCAAGGCGACUUGGGAGGAGUUGCAAGCAACAUCAUGAGCUUUUUCAAGAAGGCCACCAGCGGAGAAGAUGCGUAUGCCCGCACGCUCGCCACAAAAACUUCUCCCGCCGACGUCGUCAUGCUGUCCGGUAGCAAAGACGACCAGACAUCUGCCGAUGCCACCAUCGCAGCCCAAGCUACGGGAGCCAUGUCUUGGGCUUUCAUGACGGCCCUCAAGAAAAACCCGCAACAGAGCUACGUGCAACUUCUCAACAGCAUCAGAGACGAACUAGCUACUAAAUACACGCAAAAGCCGCAGCUGUCUUGCAGUCACCCGCUGAGUAAAUAUCACCGAAUCCAAGCCCCUUCGGCCUGA